GGCACCUCGUCCCAGCAACACCACCACCAUCAAGCAUUCUGCUGUACUUGCUGCCUGCCCGCUACCCGACCUUAUCCACUUCCCGCGCCUUCAAACCUUUUUCACCACACAACGCGAGUGCAUUGCAUGGUCCGACGAGUUCAGUGCGCUUGACCCAACGAUUUUUGCAGUAUACGUACCGCGACAAACAGCCAUCUGCUUAACUGCCAACAUGUCUGCCGAGAACGACAAUAAGCCCCUCGAGGAGGUCAAGGCGCCCGAGGCCAAGGCCGAGGAGACGCAAGAGGCUCCUGCCGCCGACGCCAAGCCCGUGACCUCGUCUUCUGUCUUCUCUAUGUUUGGCGGUGGUGCUAAGAAGGAAAAGAAGGAGGAGGAUGAGGACCGCGGCGACAUCUCCGGCAGCGCCAAGGCCCAGCGCGAGGCUGCUGCUGCCGCCGCCGCUGCUGCGAAGGAGGGCGAGGAGGACGACCAGCCCCCCGAGUCGGAGGACGUCCACUUCGAGCCCGUGAUCCAUCUAACGGAGAAGGUCGAGAUCAAGACCAACGAGGAGAUGGAGGAGCAGGUCUUCAAGAUGCGCGCCAAGCUCUUCAAGUUCGUCGCCGACACCCACGAGUGGAAGGAGCGUGGAACCGGCGACGUACGCCUGCUCAAGCACCGCGAGACUGGUAAGACCCGGCUGGUCAUGCGCCGCGACAAGACCCUCAAGGUCUGCGCCAACCAUUAUGUCCUCCCCGAGAUGAAGCUCUCCCCCAACGUUGGUUCGGACAGGAGCUGGGUCUGGAACGUCGUUGCCGACGUGAGCGAGGGCGAGCCCGAGGCCCUCACCCUGGCUAUUCGGUUCGCCAACUCGGAGAACGCCAACCUGUUCAAGGACGCCUUCAUCAAGGCCCAAAAAGAGAACGAGAAGCUUUUCAAGAAGCGCAAGAUCAAGAUCGUCACCGAACAGCACAACAUCGACAAGCCCCCCGUCAUGGAGGGCUUCCCGAUGAAAGAGUGGAACGUCGAGAUCUACAUUCUCGACCAGGAUGGCAAUGAAAAGCCCGCUCGCUGCUUCACCAAGGCUGUGUACAACCUUCAUCCGUCGUUCGAGAACCCGACCCAGACCUUUAUGGAACCGCCCUUCAAGUGCACCAAUGAGGGCUGGGGCGAGUUCGAGAUGACCAUCGACUUGUACACGACCGAGAAGGGCGGCAAACAGACCAUCGUUCACGAUCUCAACUUCGCGCAGCCCCAGUACGAGGAAGUCCAUACCGUCACCUUCAAGAACCCGUCCCAGGCGCUGCAGCAGAUCCUGCGCGAGACGGGCCCGCUGCCCUCGGACGAGGAGCGCAAGGCCAAGAAGGCCGAAGGCGGCAAGAAGAAGAAGGCCGUCGACCUGGACAAGAUGGCCGACGCCCUCGUCAAGCUGUCCGAGGAUGACCUGCUGCAGGUGAUCCAGAUGAUCCACGACCACAAGGAUGAGAACACGUUCACCCAGAGCAACCUCGACGCCGGUGAAUUCUCGGUCGAUCUCUUCACCCUGCCGGAUGCGUUGAUCAAGAUGCUCUGGGACUACCUGGUGAGGCUUGGCGUCUUGGCUGCCUGAGUCGACGACCGAGGCAUCCUCAUCAGGUUCAUCUUCAUUCGGGCGGCGUCUGGCGUCUGGGGGGUGAAGGUCGCGGAAAAGCAUGGGUUAGUUCGAUGGUGGGCAGGCAGAGUGCCGGGAUUUCGAUGGCGUCAGGAGGUCUGUUUGCACAGUAGGCACGCAAGAGUAGUUUGAGCGGGUCUUGGCCCCCAUCUGGGGCCGGCCCUGGCUCAGUCUCUCGGGCUGCCGCCACUAGUUUUCUCUUUUCGGAACGGACAGACCACCCAUGGAACAUUGAAUUCGUCUACAACU